AGACGGGGAAAGUCUCACGAGAUGUAACGAUAAGGUCGCCUGGGCGCUGUGUCCAACUGUUUCGUCGCUAUCCUUGCAUAAGUCUCUUUCGUUCUUUGACACAUCGACAGCGCAAUUCUUCAAGGUAAGAAGACGAGGUCCUUAACCCAUUUCAAACCAAUUCAAGUUGAUAGAGUUAACAUUUUCUUAAGGGUAUAGUAUCAUGUAAUUUGAUACGCUAUUUCCUAUUUUAAAAUAACAAUAAUAAUUAUGAAAAAACUGUUUUUUUUUCUCUUUUAAACGCAUUUUUGUUCUUGUUUUUUUUUUUGUUUCUUCUUCGGUUUAACGCAUUUUUAGCUAGGAGUGAUAUGUCGUUUAAACAGUUUUUCCCCACUCGUUCAAGUAAUAUGAGUAAAACAAAGUAAGCUUAAACCUGAAAAAGUAAACGCAACAAAUACAGCGGACGUGUCGGCAGAAAGCCUUCGUCAGCGAACAAAAACAACAGAAAAAAACGGUAUAAAAAUAAAAAUAAGAAAUAGCACCUAGCUGGUAAGUAGUAUCUUUCGCUGACGAAGGCUUUCUGCCGACACGUUCGCUGUUUUGUUGCAUUUAUUUUUUCAGGUUUAACCCCACUCUGUUUUACUCAUUUUCUUUUGUACUAACCUGAUUGCAGUAUCUCCCCUUAUUGCCCCCCUCAUACAAGUACAAUGUCCUUCAAACUUUCAAGAAUUCAUUUCUUUCAUAAUUCAGAUCCACAUUUUUUGUUUUUUUUUUGGUGGAUGUAUAUGCUGAAGAAGGUAAAAAAAAAAGGAGUAGGGUUGGGGGGGGGGGGGGACUAAAAUAAUUUGCUUAUUUUUCCCACCUUUACUUUUUUUUCCUCUCCCCCCCCCCCCCCCCCUUUUUUUUUUUUUUUUUUGGUUGUUUUUUUUUCUUUAUAAUGUUAAAAAAAAAAGGUUAGGGUUUGGGGGGGGGGGGAACUAAAAUAAUUUGACUAAUUUUCACAACUUAAAUUAUUUCUCCUCUCCCCCCCCUCCCCCCCCAUAAGACCAUGUCUGUCCUCUCCGCCCUGUUGUUUUGCUUGCCAGCCUUGACCUUGGCACAGGUCAACCUCAAGCCGUAUGACGUCACCGCCGCCAACGCCUUCACCCAGUCAGACCUCAACCACGACGGCGUCUUCGACAGGAGCGAGCUGGAGCAUUUCUUCAGGGUGAGUCGGUCACGUAGGAAGGGGAGGGGGUGUUGUGAAGGUGGUCCGCCCCCGCCCCCCCCUUGUAUUUUUUUUUUGGGGGGGGGGGUUGGCCCUCUCAGACAACUGCUGAGCAGUUGGUUUCUUGGAAAGGGGGUCGAGGCGUGCAAAAUCAUGGCGCGCCCUGGGCGGGCGGCUCGAAUUUACCUUACAUCGCUGAUGAAAAAAGAUGAUCAUAGAUGAGAAUAGAUGUCCAUAGAUGAGUACAGAUGAUCAUAGAUGAGAAUAGAUGUCCAUAGAUGAGAACAGAUGAUCAUAGAUGAGAAUAGAUGUCCAUAGAUGAGUACAGAUGAUCAUAGAUGAGAAUAGAUGUCCAUAGAUGAGAAAAGAUGAUCAUAGAUGAGAAUAGAUGUCCAUAGAUGAGAAAAGAUGAUCAUAGAUGAGAAUAGAUGUCCAUAGAUGAGAAAAGAUGAUCAUAGAUGAGAAUAGAUGUCCAUAGAUGAGAAAAGAUGAUCAUAGAUGAGAAUAGAUGUCCAUAGAUGAGAACAGAUGAUCAUAGAUGAGAAUAGAUGUCCAUAGAUGAGUACAGAUGAUCAUAGAUGAAAAUAGAUGUCCAUAGAUGAGAACAGAUGAUCAUAGAUGAGAAUAGAUGUCCAUAGAUGAGAACAGAUGAUCAUAGAUGAGAAUAGAUGUCCAUAGAUGAGAACAGAUGAUCAUAGAUGAGAAUAGAUGUCCAUAGAUGAGUACAGAUGAUCAUAGAUGAGAAUAGAUCAUACUCAUAGAAAUAGGAUACUCGGACAAUAAAUAGGAUACUCGGACAAUACAUAGGAUACUAGGACAAUAAAUAGGAUACUCGGACAAUAAAUAGGAUACUAGGACAAUUAAUAGGAUAUGCGCACUACAAAUAAGAUAUGCGCACCACAGAUAUGAUAUGUGCACUACAAAUAAGAUAUGUGCACUACAAAUAAGACAUGCGCACCACAGAUGAGAUAUGCGCACUACAAAUAAGAUAUGUGCACUACAAAUAAGAUAUGCGCACUACAAAUAAGAUAUGUGCACUACAAAUAAGAGAUGUUCACUCAAAAUAAAAUGUUUGCAGGGGGGGGGGGUAGUUAUUUGAUCAUAUUUUUUUUCAAACUAUACACCGAGGCACAUCAGUGUAUGGGGUACAGUGAACCGGCCACCUGUUUGUAAAGUUUGAGGAUCCCUGCAAUAGGAUUUUUUCAGAGUGAAGUUUAUUUUGCUAAAAUGAAUUUAUUUUAAACUGCUGUGUUAAAUCACAUAUGUUUUUUUUUAAAAACAGCUUAAAGACUUAAUUAAAGGGGUUUUAUUAUCCUAUAGUUGUAUGGCUUAAAACAGUUUUAUUAUUCUAUAGCUGUAUGGCUUAAAACAGUGUUAUUAUUCUAUAGCUGUAUGGCUUAAAACAGUUUUAUUAUUCUAUAGCUGUAUGGCUUAAAACGGUUUAAUUAUCCUAUAGCUGUAUGGCUUAAACAGUUUUAUUAUUCUAUAGCUGUAUGGCUUAAAACGGGUUUAUUAUCCUAUAGCUGUAUGGCUUAAACGGUUUUAUUAUUCUAUAGCUGUAUGGCUUAAAACGGUUUUAUUAUUCUAUGGCUGUAUGGCUUAAUAGGGUUUUAUUAUCCUAUAGCUGUAUGGCUUAAUAGGGUUUUAUUAUCCUAUAGCUGUAUGGCUUAAAACAGUUUUAUUAUAAUACAGCUGUAUGGUUUAAAGGGGUUUUAUUAUCCUAUAGCUGUAUGGCUUAAAGGGGUUUUAUUAUUCUACAGCUAUAUGGUUGAAAAGGGUUUUAUUAUCCUAUAGCUGUAUGGCUUAAAAGGGUUUUAUUAUUCUACAGCUGUAUGGUUUAAAGGGGUUUUAUUAUCAUAUAGCUGUAUUGCUCAAAGGAGUUCUAUCAUGCUAUAACUGUAUGGCUUAAAAGGGUUUUAUUAUCCUAUAGCUGUAUGGCUUAAAAGGGUUUUAUUAUGCUAUAGCUGUAUGGCUUAAAAGCGUUUUAUUAUCCUAUAGCUGCAUGGCUUAAGGGGUUUUGUAUUACUCACGCUGUGUGGUUUCUCCGACUCCGCUCUGUACAGGAAUACGACGUCAAUGCUGACGGUUCCAUAACGUUCCAUGAGUUCAGCAACUUGGUCAAUGUGAACCACGUCCACAACUCACAACUCAACCACUUCCUGCACGCGCUCUACCACGUCUACGACGUCAACAACGACCACCACGUCAACCAUCUCGACUUCGACUGAUUCUUCGCCCUGGCCGACAGCAACAGCGACAACCUGCUGGAGAAGCCAGAAUACGUGCAGUAAGUAGGGGACGGGUGAGCUGUACUAGACACUAUGUGCAGUAAGUUAGGGGGGUGAGUUGUGCUAGAAAUUAAGUGCAGUAAGUAGGGGGCGGGUGAGCUGUACUAGACAAUAUGUGCAGUAAGUAAGGGGGGUGAGUUGUGCUAGACAUUAUGUGCAGUAAGUAAGGGGGUGAGAUGUGCUAGAAAUUAAGUGCAAUAAGUAGGGGGCGGGUGAGCUGUACUAGACAAUAUGUGCAGUAAGUAAGGGGGGUGAGUUGUGCUAGAAAUUAAGUGCAGUAAGUAGGGGACGGGUGAGCUGUACUAGACAAUAUGUGCAGUAAGUAGAGGGGGUGAGUUGUGCUAGAAAUUAAGUGCAGUAAGUAGGGGACGGGUGAGCUGUACUAGACACGAUGUGCAGUAAGUAAGGGGGUGUGAGCUGUGCUACACAGUACAUGCGGUAGGUACGGGGUGAGCUGUGCUACACAGUACAUGCGGUAGGUACGGGGUGAGCUUUGCUACACAGUACAUGCGGUAGGUACGGGGUGAGCUGUGCUACACAGUACAUGCAGUAGGUACGGGGUGAGCUGUGCUACACAUUACAUGCAGUAGGUACGGGGUGAGCUGUGCUACACAGUACAUGCAGUAGGGACGGGGUGAGCUGUGCUACACAGUACAUGCGGUAGGUACGGGGUGAGCUGUGCUACACAUUACAUGCGGUAGGUACGGGGUGAGCUGUGCUACACAGUACAUGCAGUAGGUAAGGGGUGAGCCGUGGUUUAGGUCAAGGAUGUAUCGAAAUGGGCAGUUGAAACAGCACAACUCAUCUACUCCCAGGUCAUUGACGUUAACUUAAAAUUAUUAUUAUUAUUAUUUUUUUUUUGUAGGGUGGGGGAAUAAUAAGACACUGCUCUUUUUAAACUGUUGACAGUUGGUAUAGGAAUAUUUUACAUGAAAUUGAUCUCUCUCUCUCUCUCUCCCUCCAGCUAUCUUUCUGUUAUAUUUGAAUCACUCGAGAGCGUCUGAGGUGAAGCAUACCACGGUCAACAGAGACGCGUCCACAUUGGAGAACAGCUUGUUGACGCUAGCGUCGUGUUCGCGUCAUCGACAUUAAAAUGUCACGUGACUGGUAUUGAUU